CUGUCAAAGCCGUAUAGAUUGUUGUGGUGAUACUUUUUAUUAUAUUGCUUAACGUUUGUAGUUAUUUUAUUAUAUAAAGAACAUAUGGUUAAUACUUUACAUUGGUUCGUAACAAUAGAGUCUAAAUUUUAUUAUUAAUGCCUCAAACUGAAUAUUGGCCGUUUGGUAACUACAAGAAAGUCGAUGAGCCUAACUUCAAAGAAGAGUCCUCUGUUUUAAUCAUGUCUUUGUACCUAUGUGGACUGAGAAAGGCAUGUGUACCGUGGCAGGUCGACAAACGGUGAAAUUAUAUGACGAACUGUUUCAACAAUAUUUCUACCAGCGUAGCACCGGAUGUCUAUGACAAAGUUCCUCCCAGGCGAUAACUCCUGACCGACGCAGAAGAAGUCGUUCGAGACCACGGAAAUCCCGUGGCUAAGUAUCCAGAGAUUUUGAAGAUGCGUGAAGACCUGAUCCGGGCAAAAAACGCUGCCGACGAGGAAAGAACACAGCGAGAGAAAUACGAAGAGAAACUCAAAGACUUAGAGCGGAAACUAAAUGAUAUCUGCUCCGCCGAGUUAGUUGAAAAGGGCUCCCGGGAUUAUACCAAUCAAGACGUGGCAGUGAUGAAAACUCAAAUCCGGGACAUGAGAGAGGAAAUUGAGGAAUUGAGAUUUACCGUCAAUGAGAAAUCGGAACAAUUGCAGGAGUACAGAAUGAGGUACCUACAAGCCCAGCAACAGGUGGAAGAGGCGAAGCGACAGCGCGAACUAAUCGAGUUCGAUAACAAGCAAGUCACGGAUCAGAUACAUAUAGAAAUUCAAAAGAUGAAGUUGCAAUUCCAAGAGAAGCUGCAGGAGCUAGCGCAGCUGCCUGACCUCCUGAAGGGUGCCCAGAUCCAGUUGCAGGAGUCUAAACAGCUGCAGAAGCUGGCCGAGGAGAAUACGAUGCAGAUUUCCAACGAGCUGCAGCUCGUCAGGGAAAAGUUAGUCCACGCUGUAAAUAGUUUAAAUCAAGAGAAAGUUGAAAAAGACAAGUUGUUGGAGGAAAAUAAAAUUAUUAAAAUCGCACUUCUUGAAAAGGAUCACGAUAUUGAUGGAUUAUCUAAAGAGCUAGAUGACUAUAAGUCCAAAGCAUUUCGUUUCGAAGAGAAACUGACACAACAAGAGGUCAGAUAUAAAGAGAAGGCGGCGGAAUGUGCGCAAAUACUGAAAGACCUCGACGAGCUUCGCGCCGAGAGCUCGCGUUCGCUCACCAGGCUCAAGGAGCGCUCCGAGUCCAACAGGAGAUACAUGCAGGUUCAGAUAACUGAGCUGGAGAAGCAACUCGUGCAGAGCCGGGCUCAGUGUAGGGCUUCGCAGAAAGAACGGGAUGAUAUCCGCCAAAGGAUGCAAAUGCAGAUAAGCAGUUUGCAAGAAAACUUCGAACUGGUGGAGAUACGCUUGAGAGGCCUUCAAAACCAGGUCGGCUCCCUCAAGAACUCAUACUCGUAUAUUCUGACGGAUGAUAGUGAAGAUCUCACCACCAGCUUAGUUGAAUCUUAGCAUUGCUACCGUUUUACUGCCAUAGCCUUUUGGAUUAAGUCUAUUUACUAUUUCAAAAAAUAAUGAUAGUGCCUAUCGCAAAAGGCUAAAUCGCCUAUAACUAGCCAUUUCAGUUACAAAUAUUGUAUGCUGCGCUAAGAAUAUUUAUAAGUAUCAAGAUAUUUUGUCAAAUAUUUUUUUGCAGAAUUACUUAAAUCUACAAAGUGGCUAGUUAUUAUAAUGUACCUAAUGCUAAUGAGUAAUCUUGAUGUUUAGCCCUAAUUCACUGGUACCGAAUUUUAUAAGGGCAUAAAUAGUGAUUUGUCAUCAAUCACGUGAUGUUUUCGUACAAAUCUACUUAUUGUUUUGUUUUCUUGUACCUACUUAUUUUUUAAAUCGUAUAAUAACGAUGUAUUGAUAAUGAUUUAUCCUGUUAGUAAAAAAAUAAAUGUGAAAUGUUAUCAAUAA